CUAUAGCCACAAUGCCUCAAAUAGAUUUAUCGAUGGUUUUGGCUUUAGUGUUUGAACUAUUUAUGCACCGCGCGUGUUUAAAAAGGUUUGGUUCCAUUUCUGGGGGCUCGAAUAGAUUUGUAUUGAAAACAGCAAUUUCAUUGAAAACAAUAAAAUGUGAAUAAACAAAAACAAAAUGCGUAUCGUCUUAUUCGAUGUGGUACGUGUGUUGGGCAAAUCAACAGCGAACGAUAUACGUGUGUUAACGUGUGCGGCAUACAACGUCGCAUACAUACAAAGAAAACGGGUGAUGGAGCGUAUUGCAUAUACAUGUGUAUGUGCAUAAUUUCAAUGCUGUCAUCUCACGUCAUCAUUUGCAAGACUCAUGUGAUUGUGUAUUUGAAACGACAUACAAAUACACACAGAAAAAAACACAGAAAUCAGCAGAUACAAUCAGCUUAGAAAAUACAUACGAUCGAGAAAAAAACCGAAAAAUUCAACACAACUUUGCGAAAAGAAAAUCAUUCGUUAAUUGGAAUUAUAGUGUGUCAAUGAGUGACUAAAGUGGUUACAUGUAAUACACAAACUCCAAUACAUACACACCGCAGCAGUAGCAGCAACAACAACAACAACAACAACAACAGCAGCAGCUUUGUACAGCUCUCUUUGUUUGUUCGCCUCGUACGAUAUCGUCCGAUUGAUGACAGUUCUGCAGUUGCUUUUUAACGCACUUAUUCAUCGAUUCAACAGAAAGCGAUAAAAAGAUAGAAAACAACAAGACAUUCAGAACGACGGUGCUCGAUUCACAUCGAAAUUGAAUAGUAACAUCGAUAUAAGGUACACACCGUGCACAUCCAGAACAUACAUAAAUAUAUAUAUACAACACUGAGCAGCAACUGAACAAGGAACCCAGGCCAACACAACAUAAUAGUAGUUUGUGAAUAGUCAGCCGAUUAAGUCAAACAGAAACAACAAAAAAUAUCAUCGAGUACGAAUACAAAACAAACGCUCUUCAUUCUAUGUCUCAAGCUUCUCGUUGUGCAUUUUGUCGUGUACAAUUUCACUUAAUUCAUUAGAAAAUUCGAAAACUACGCGAACUCAACAACAGCAAACGACAACGAAUAAAAAGAAAGCGUCUGACGACACAGGCGGCCCAUUCUAUCGUAUUAUUUAGAAUUCAAGUGAAAUUCAGUGUAGUGUGCAGUGUGUGGUUAUUUUUUUCUUGAUCUCUAUCCGUUCAAGAAAUUUCUUUCUGUCGUUAUUUCAAUUUCAAUGCUGUGUGUUCAUUUCCCAGUCAAGUUUGCGCGUACAUAAAGCAUAUGUAAAAAUAAUACACAAAAAUUCGAGACAAAAAAACGUGAAAAACGCAUUGAAUCGUAAUAAGAGAAAAACAGAAAGAAAAACGUGAAACACAGUGAAAAAAAAUCAAAGCAACAAAGAACAACAAGCCACAAAUCUAUUUCUAUUCACAACUUGUUUAUUUGAUUUGGUUCCUGGCUACAUAUUCUCUCACUCUCUCUCUCUCUCUCUCUCUCUCUUCAAUUUCGAUUGUUGUCUGUGUAUUGAGAAGUCAUUUUCUUCAUAAAAGAAAAAUAUUUUCGUUGUUUUGUGCGCUGUGUCGAACGCCUCAACAUGAUUCGCUUCCAAUUCGUGAAUAAUAAAAAUUAAAUGAGCAAUGAGCUUUGCAUAGCAAACACUGUUUGAAAGAAGAAAAAGUGUAAAUCAGCUGGCAUCAACGACUAAGAAAGAAAACAAAUUCGACGGAAAAGAAAAUCAAAGAAAGCAGCUAGUACAGGAAGUCGUAAAGGAAUAGUGUUCAGUGCGAAUGAAGAAGAAUCGCGACCAAGUUUUGGUGUACGGUGUCAACUGUCAAUUACGACACACAUCAAUCAGCGUGUACUCAACAAAUAAUAUUUCAAGUGAUUCCGAUUUCUGAUGGACACAUAGAGACAUAACUUCAUUUUUUGAGUGUGCUGUUAACUCGUUCUUACGCCACCUUCGUUUGGACUUUAGUUUCAACAGUCAGCGUGAUUAUAGAAACUGCGAAAACAUAAAGAGAAACAAACACACCACACACAAAAAAACACACCGCACCGCACCGGACUCAAACGGUCGGGCAAAUUAUUGGCAACGAAUAAUUGAUAAAUAAUUUCUGUGUUUAUCUCGUUGGUCACAUUCGCACUGCUCAGCGGCUCGUUUCUUUUUUUUUGGCAUUCUCACAUCGGUUUUUCACAUACAUGUGCCUUCUAUUUCGCUAGAAAUAUUGUGUGGAUUAUUGGAUAAACGCGACACAAAGCGAGAAUUACACGAUUUAUCGUUUGCCACUGCUGUUGACGCCGUUGCUGCUGCCGUCGUCGUCGUCAUCGCCAUCGUCGCUGCCGCCGCCGCGCUAUUUCCCCUUUAACUUUGUGUGUGCUCUCAAGUUUGACAAUAGUCGACACAACACAAAAAGCUGUGCAACAGUGCUGCAAACAGAAAAAAGGAUCCAUUCGUGAGUAAUCAACCAAUCGAAUAAACGUGGAGCAAGACAAGGCUCAGCCAACAACCACGAAAUGAAUAGUCUGCUGAAAGCAUUCAAAGAGUUUUACAAUGAAAUUAAUGGUGCUACAUUAACGGGUGCAAUCGAUGUGAUUGUGGUGGAACAAGGCGAUGGCAGUUUUGUCUGCUCGCCGUUUCAUGUGCGAUUCGGAAAAUUGGGCGUUCUUCGGAGCCGAGAAAAGAUUGUUGAUAUCGAGGUUAAUGGCGAACCGGUUAACAUUCACAUGAAACUGGGCGAGAGCGGUGAAGCGUUUUUCGUACAAGAAUGUCCUGAAAAUGAUCUAGACGAAUUGCCCGAAAAUUUGGCCACAUCACCGUUGCCAUCUGAAGAGUACGCAAAUAAAUACAAUGACAGCAAUGAAACGGACGAGAAUAGCAGUAUUGGUGUGAAAAUUCGACGAAAUUCAACCGCUUCGUCACCAAGUGAAAAAGAAAAAGUCUACGAGAAUCAACAAUCAGACUAUAAAUCAAGACGGUACAGUGAAAAAGUGCUAAACCGUCGCAAUGUUAGUGAAACAAAGUUGGAAUACACAACGGAGCAGAUUCGUCAAGAAUUGGCGGAGAAAGAGGCUUUACUUAAAUCGAAUGAAUUGAUAACCGAGAGCAAUGAAACAGAGGCUUCACAGAAUACGACCUCGGAAGCAACGACCAUUGCCGAAGAGCCACAACACGAACAUUUCGACGCUGACCAAGUUCAAGACAGUAAAAUUGUACAAAACGAUGAGAUCUCGGCAAAUGCAGACCAAAAAUUGAAUACCAAAGAAAGUAGUGAGCCACGUGCCGACGCAGCUGACGAACAACAAGCAACGACCGGUACAAAGGAGCCGACCGAAUCAAAGUCCAAAAAGAAGCGACGAAAGAAGUCGAUGAUGAAGAAAAAAUCAUCGCUUACCACAUCAUCCAUGUCAGCACCCAGUUUGAAUACGAAUAGCAAUGCAUCACGAAAGAAUUCGUCAAGCAGUAGCGCUGGCUCGGCAUCGAUCGUACCAUCUGAUCAAUUGGACUUUGACACCGAUCCAAAUCAACCGUCGUCGAAUGCAACAUCGUUGUCGAUCGACGAUUUAGCGAAAUCGGAAACUGCUGUCACCGCAAAUGACAGUUUUACUGAACCAAAUAACAUUCAUCCGGAAACAAUGGAUACACCCAGAAUGUGUGAUUUCCAUUUCUUCAGUGAUACAGAGGUGGCAGCAAGUCCAUACGGUUCACGACCAUCAACACCCAUUCAAAGUGAUAGCGAAUUUGAGAUAUCACAACGUGAGAAAAACUCAGAUCCAAUGACCAGUUCGACGGCAUCGUGGAAAUGGGGCGAGUUCCCGAUUACACCAAUCAAAACCGAUGCAGACAGCGUUGGAAGCAAAGACGCCAAACAAGCGGAACGCAAUUCAACGUUGAAUACCAUGUUGAGUUUCAUGAAAGAAACGAUGCGAAUGCGCAAGAGUACAUCCGACGGAGGCGUUUAUCUAUCUGAUUUAAUGAAUACGGAAGGCUUAGAUCCGGAUGUGGUUGCUAAAUAUUUUCCAGCGCCAAAGAAUGCAUCCGAUUUGAAUUUGAACGAUGGUGAUGACCAUGAAAGUGGAAACGGAACAUCGUUGCCACACAGCCCCAGCUCCGUUGAAAAUGGCGUCUCAAAAAGUAUUGCAUUUGAUUUUGAUCAUGAUGGAAAACUGUACGAAAAAAAUGUGAUUGCCCUGUCAUUAUGCGGUGGAUUGGAUAAUGGUGGACCAACCGACGAGGAAUUCGAACAUCAUCUCAUCGAAUAUGCGGAUGUGUGCCAGAACCCAUCAAUUUUCAUGUCACCGUUGCUAGUUGUUCGUUUGUGUGACAAAUAUUACAGUUGGGCAGCCGCCUCUUCGAUCGUCAUGACCGCUAUCGCUUAUCGCAAACCAUUGACGCAUGAUGCGAUUGAACAAUUGAUGAACGCAAACAAGAUGGCCGAUACCCGAAAAAGUUCUGUAACAUCCAAAAAUGAUUUGGAUGAUUCGCAAGAAAAAGAUUCGGAAAAUAAUCGUCGAAAUGCAAGUGGUUAUUCAUGGUGGAAAUGGCGUCGUUCGACUGAAAGUGCGGACAAAAAGUCACCACCCAAAGAGAUCCAGGACAGGAAAGAGUCGCGACAAAGUGUUGAACGCGUCGAUGAUAUGAAAGAGAUAAUUAACGAUUUAGAUAACAUGACAAUAAGUGGUUCAACCGCACCAGAAUCCAAAGCUGACGAUAAUCAAAUGGAACUGCAAGAGGUAUCUUUGCAAAAUCUAAGCAUGGAUAAUACUGAUUCAGUAGCUAAAAAUGAUGAUUCGAUCAGCUCCGAACUGGCUGAUGUAAGCAAAUCAAGUUUCUCUAGUGAGAAAUACCGUAAGACGCUACGACUAACGUCAGAACAAAUUGAGAGCCUUAACCUAAAGCCCGGAAUGAAUGAGGUGGAAUUCAGUGUGACGACUGCGUAUCAAGGAACAUCUCGUUGUAAAUGCUAUGUAUUCCGUUGGAAAUCCACUGACAAAGUGGUGAUUUCCGAUAUUGAUGGCACCAUCACCAAGUCAGAUGUGCUCGGCCACAUUUUGCCAAUGGUGGGAAAGGAUUGGGCACAGCUUGGCGUAGCCGAACUCUUUACGAAAAUCGAAAGAAACGGUUACAAGCUGCUGUAUUUGUCGGCGCGCGCAAUCGGUCAAUCGCGUGCGACACGUGACUAUCUGCGUUCGAUUCAACAAGGAAACGUUAAACUGCCAGACGGUCCAUUGUUACUGAAUCCAACGUCAUUGAUAUCGGCUUUCCAUCGCGAAGUCAUCGAACGCAAACCGGAGCAAUUUAAAAUUGCAUGUUUGAGCGACAUAAAAGCAUUAUUCCCAGAGAAUCCAUUUUAUGCUGGUUACGGCAACCGAAUCAAUGACGUAUGGGCUUAUUGCGCCGUUGGCAUUCCGGUCAUUCGUAUAUUCACGAUAAACCCAAAGGGCGAAUUGAAACAUGAAUUGAAUAAAACAUUCCAAUCGACAUAUCAUAGUAUGGCUUAUAUUGUCGAUCAACUAUUUCCACCAGUCAACGAUCGCGAGGAAUCGGUGGAAUUUUCUAGCUUCAAUUUUUGGCGUGAACCGGUCGUUGAUAUCAAUUGUGAUGAUAUCCUGGAUGCGAACGCAUCACCCUCCAGUUCGAAUGCGAAAAACGAUGUGCCACGCUUACAACGCACACCACCAACACCGGUCACCGAAAAUGAUCCAUCGAUGCCAACCAUUCCGGAAAAGGCAUAAACUCAACACUCGCACGUCAACACGACGACACACAGUCUCGAUGAUUGAUGCAUUAAGGCUAAAGCUAAACCGAAAAUUAAACAAAACAAAAUGAAAAAAAAGAGAAUAAAAGGCGUCAUAUAUUCACUUGAGAGCAAAACAAAAUUUAUAGUUGGUAUUUGGCUAAAAUGUGCAAGACACAGAUACACACAGCGCAACGCUUGAAAAUUCAAACAAACAAAUAAUGCAUAGCACGAUUUUAGAGAUAUUUAUUCGGGUUCAUUACUAUUUAUUUCAAAUAGAAUACAGUAAGAAAAAACAGAGAAGCAGAAGACAAACUACAAAGAAAAUAUACGAAAAUAUCAGUUUCGAAACGUUUUUAUGUUGAUUGAUCGUCACACAACACACGAACAAGUGUGAAAUGUCUUCUCAAGGUCACAUAAAAUCCUUCUUUUCUACGUAUUCUUUGAAGAAACAAUAAAAAAUCAAUAAAUGCUUUUAGUACUUUGUAUCUGCGAUCUGCAUACAUAUUUUUUUUGGUUGCUCGAUGAACCUGGUGGCUUUCUUUGUUACGCGUUCUAUGAACAUUUUAGAUGACAAAUAUUUCGAAAUUGACUGAAAUAUGAAAAUGAAGCUUGAAUGUGGUUCUAUUCCUUAUCAUCAUUUGUUGAAAAUAUAAAGAAAACAAAAAUAUAUUUAUACAAAAUUAAUAGAACUUUUUGUGAUUUUUGAAAUGAAUCUUAAACAAAAUUCUUUCAUCAUUUAUCCCCUUUAGUUUAUGUUCCCGUUUUUUUUUCUUUAUUUUAAUCAGGCGGCUUCUGUUAAUUAUUACAUAUACUUAGAUAUUUUAGCGGUUUUUAGCAACACACGAAUUACAAUUUAGAUUUAUAUUUUUUAUUAAAUUAUAUUUUUUUUGCGGGAAAAUUUGGUUAUUUAUUUUACAUAGAUCUUUUUUUUUACUUCAUAUUAAAUAAAUCAUUACAAUUAAAUCAGGUAUUUAUUUUUAUGUGCUUGUGUUUUAUUUGAUUACAUUUUAAAUUUAAUCUAAAUAGCAAGAAAUUACCGAAAUACAUUGAUAAAAUAAAGAAAUUUAAAA